AGUUUUGACGUUGAUAGGACGCUGCAGCUGAUUGGUUAGUGGACAACUCGGGCGCGAUUUUGCAACGCGGGACAACGUUCCUGUGGGCGCACACAGGUCAGUUCAGACGACCCGCUGCGACAAGAAGGAAACUUACCGUCAUCUUCAUAUCUCGCUGUAUCUUUUGUGGAUACUUUGCAGCGAAGGACGGACCCGACACACUUUUUUUUCUGUUCCUCUUUGGAAAUGAAGGACAUAUUCACUCCGGACUGAAAAGGCGCACUAUUUAUAACUUGUUAAAAAAUAAUCAUUUCCAGCUUGAACAUUUACUCUCUCUUUUUUUUGCUUGCUUUUGCGACCAAACAGUUUUCUGUGUGACACUCGCACAAUGGCGGAUAACAAGCACCCACAUGUUAUUUUCUGCAGCGACUCGCCUAAAAGAGUUUUGGUGUCUGUCAUCAAGACCACCCCUAUCAAACCGAGGAAAGCAGAGGCUCUGACGCCGACGAGCCCCGGUUUCAGCGACUUCAUGGUCUACCCGUGGAAAUGGGGGGAGAACGCCCACAAUGUGACUCUGAGCCCGGGCUCAGUGAGCGGGGCUUCUUCGCCUACCGGGACUCAGACUGCCGGAGAAGCGGACACGGCUCCUUCGCCUGACCAGCUCAGGGAUGGUAUCCGCAGAGGGCGUCCACGGGCUGACACCGUACGGGAGCUCAUAAGCGAAGGGGAGACUUCGUCUAGCCGCAUCCGCUGUAACAUCUGCAACCGAGUGUUUCCCAGAGAGAAGUCUCUUCAGGCUCAUAAGAGGACACACACAGGAGAGAGGCCCUAUCUGUGUGACUACCCAAACUGUGGGAAGGCGUUUGUGCAGAGUGGUCAGCUGAAAACGCACCAGCGGCUGCACACUGGGGAGAAACCUUUUGUCUGCUCGGAGAAAGGAUGUGGCAAUCGUUUCACACAUGCCAACCGUCACUGUCCCAAGCAUCCUUUCUCCCGCCUGAAGAGAGAGGAACCAAAGGAGGACCUGGGAAAAGCCCAGUCUGUGGAUAAUAAGGCUGUGGCAGAGUGGUUGGCAAAGUACUGGCAAACCCGUGAGCAGCGCGCCCCGACAACCACCAAGGUGAAGCCACAGGGCAAAGCCAGAGCAGAGGACCAGGAGCAGCAGGAUCCAAUGGAGUUUCUCCAGUCUGAUGAAGAGAAUGGAGACGAGGAAGAGGCCGCAGAGGAGGAGAAGGGCAGCCAUGGGGGAGGUGCCGCCAAGCGCCGCCUCCAGGAGCAGCGUGAGCGGCUCCACGGUGCUCUGGCACUCAUUGAGCUGGCCAACAACCUGUCUGCCUGAACACCCCCCCUCCCACUUCCCGAUCCUGGACUCCCAAUCCCCCUGCCCCUCAUACCUCCAUUCCCAAUCCGCCUUCCUGCAGUACGUGCUGUAGCUAGACAUUGCAUAAACGCAGAUCAAUGACUAGUUUAGUUGUAUUCUAUCAAGUUGUAAAACCAGACUUUGAGAAAGACCUGAAUUGGCCUGAGAUCAGUGUUAUGCAGAAGCAUCAUGGAGUAUGUCACUAUAAUUUAGUUCAAAUUGUUCAAUUACACCUUUGUGGCAACUCUAAAAUGAUUCUUUCCCCCCCCAACAGCACCAGGAAGGCACAAGCUAAAGCACCUUACUCAGCUUCCAUUUUAUCCUUUUAGGCUGCUAUAAUUGUAGAUUUGACAAUAUGAAGAAUGUCUUUCUUUCUCGUGUCUUCUAAAGGCAAAGAAAGAGUACCUAUUAUGUUUUAAUUUGUUUUGUUUGCACUUUGAUGGUAACGAGUUUCUUUUUAAGUUGUGAGUGUAACAGAGUGUGUAUGACUGAUGUGUAUAUGGAUUAAGCUCAGAUGGACAGAAUGAUACAGGGUGUGGUCAAACGUAGGAAAUGUUACGUUGAAUUACAGUCGUCGGAUGGCCUCUAAACAUGCUCCCAGGUUUGAUCUCCAGUAUUGUAAGCACAGUUUUCACUGCCCGGUGAAAUGAACUGAGAAAGGAUAGGUUUAUCCUCACUUCUAGAAGCGUUCAUAGGCGAACGAAAAGGAGAUGAAAACAAGUCAGGGGAGCUGGAUCAGUCUGGCGUGUAACAUGGUCAUUUUUUAUAUGCGAAUGAGAGGUGAUCAUUGCAAGCCUAAUCCAGAGGUCUGGACAGGACAAGACUUUUAGAAAAUCCAAACUUUGACAGCUUUUCUCAGUAUAUACACAAGUGUCCACAAGAUACUACUCAUGGCACGCAGGAAAAGUCCACCUUAAGCUGACUAUACUGCCUUCGGGAUGCAACUAAACUAAAUAUCACAACUAACUAAUAUUCAGCAUCAUAACAUCAGUUUCCUCAUAGAUGCAAGAAACGUGUAAAACCUGCCGGCCUAAAUGUGUUUUCCAACCAGACGGUAGAUUUUUUUUGUUUGUUUUGUUUUUUGUUAAGCAAUGGAUGGUGUCAGUCACCUUUUAUAUUAAAAGGUGGCAGACCAGUUAUGAUACGGGCAUAGCAUCAUGGUGUGUGGUGCAUCAUCUCAUGUCAGAGGUUAAAUUAUGUGAUAUUUAUUUCACCAUAUUUUUUUAUUAACAUUUUGUUCAAACUGUUUGAGGCCCCUGGAAUCAUUUGAUGGGAAAUAUUGAAGUUCUUAAAUCAUUAAAAUCCAUUAAAUUUAAACUUCUCAUAAAUUUUGAUUAAGCACUUACACCCCCUAUUAAGUCUUGGAUUAAGCUUGCAAUGCACUGAAGAUUAAAUUUGUCAUGUGUGUCCAGGAAAACGGCACCUGGUUUUCAUAAACUUUGUGUAGUGGUGGGUGUUUUUUUUUUUUUUUUUUUUUUUUUUUUUUUUUAUAACACUACAUCCUUCAACACUGUAUAAAGCCUCUCAUAACUGCCCUGCCUCUGGUUGUUUUGGGGAAACCUGCACCAACAACCUGUCACUCUGUCACUCUAGCUGUGAUGUUUGAAUCUGUUCGAUUUACAAAUUACCCAUGUGGAGUUGCGGUGAAACUGGAAGGCUAGUGAAUUGUUGAUAAUCAAAACACCAAAUGAUUUAUUGUAUACCCAAUUAUAGUAUAUUUUGAAACAUUUCUAACCCUUAGUCUAUUUUGUGGUUUGAUAAGAGUAUGGCAUUUAAUAUAUACACAUUGUGUUUGUUAGAAUAUUGAGUGUGCACAAUUUGUGGAGAGCUUUGAUGUUGAAUUUUAGUUUCAGUUUUUCCCUCUGCUAACAUCCCUCAACAGUUUUCCUGUUUGUCACAUGCAUAGGGCUUGCUUGGUAGACAUUUUAUUACACAUUUCAAAAGGUAAGAUUUCUCUGACAGACUGUCCACACUGUUAUACAAUUGUUGGUCUUCAAUAAACAUUCACUGAACCUGA